GGCGAGAAUUCUUCAAAAAAUGUUAAAUGAUACCGAUCUCAAUCUGACAUGGAUCCACCCAACUAAAGAUGGAAAAUUAGAAGUUUUGGGUCCACAGUACCAUAAAAAUGUAAGGAUUUUUAUUUUGGCGAUUAUGAUUGGAGUUUCCUUAAUAGGAAACAGCAUAGUAUGCUGGCAGCUUCUGCCCACCAGGAGGAGAAGAUACCCUAAAGCAAAAGUGCUCUUUCUCAAUCUGGCCGUAGCCGAUUUAUUAGUGACACUGAUUACCAUGACAUCCCAAAUGGUUUGGGAAAUGAUGGGGCGUUUGUGGAUAGCCGGGGAUGUCUUCUGUAGGAUCUUCAAGCUGAUACAGACUUUUGCUCUGGUGUCGUCGACUUACAUGUUGGUCAGUAUCGCUCUGGAUCGCCAUCAUGCCAUAGUGAGACCUCUUUCGCCAUGUCCGCGACCGAUCAACUUGGCAAUUGUGGCAUGGUUGGCUUCGCUUAUUCCGUCUCUUCCGAAUCUUUAUGUCUUUCGACAAGUCACCGUGGGUCCCGGAAGAUGUUACUGUGCUUCACUCUUCUACACUGGAGAAUACCCAAUUUAUCAUCGUCAGAUUUACAUGGCUUUUGUCUUCUUAGCAGUUUUUAUUGUGCCAUUCUUUCUUUUACUCGUACUCUAUACCUGGAUAUUGGUGGAAAUUUGGAGACAAUCUUCGGUUUUCUCUGGUAAUCAGUCAAACUCGGCGCUCCCUCGGGCAAAGGUCAAGACCCUAAAAAUGACUCUCGUCAUCUUCCUCGCUUUCAUCUGCACUAAUCUGCCGUACGUGAUUCAAGAGAUGAUUUUGGCUUUUGGAGAUCCUUCGGCACUUGACACCAACGUCGUGGCACUGUUUGGCGUAAUCUCUGCUAGCAACAGUGCCAUAAAUCCUUAUAUUUAUCUGAUGUUUCACGCAAGCGGUGGCUGUUUUGAAAGAUUCCGCAAGUUCCUGAAGACCGUGGGCAACAUGAAGAGUGGUAGAUGGAACGAUGCCAUCAAUAAUGCUUUCCAUUCUGCAUCACUGAAGAGGAAAGUCUCCUUUUCUUCUAGUUCCAGACAGAGUGUAAUCACUAGAGCACCCACUUUAACACAACAACAGAUUAAAGGAGUACAGACAGCUCUUCUACACCUUGAAGGCCAAAAUGAGAAUGAGAAAACAGAAACAAGUCUGUAACAACUGCAAAGUCAUUUUGUUUUCUCGGAGUAAGGGUCAUACAGAAUCAAAUUUUAAGUCUGAUGUAUUUUACUAUUAUUUAAAAACAUUUAAUGUCCCAAGUGUACUUAA